AUUCCCACCCCUCAUUUUUUUUCCAGCCGCCGCAGCAGCCUCCCUGUCUUCUUCUCCAUCGCGCAGCAGGCAUCCCACGGCAGCUGCCAUGGCGCUCGGCACCCUUGUAGCAGGGACAACGCCCUUCCUCCCUCCCUGUUUCUGUCCAUGGCGAGCAGGAGUUUUUCCCUCCCAUGGCCAACGGCUUCCAUCUCCAUCAGCCGCCAUGGCCGAGCUCCCUUGGAGCAGGCGCUCCCCACCAUGGCGCCCUCCUCCCUGGCGCUUGCUCCCUGCAGGAGAGCAGCCGACGCCCCAUUUUCCUCCUUCCCUGCUUGGUGCGCGCAGGGGCAGAAGCUCCAGCAGCCAUGGACGCCCAGACCCGACUCCCUACCUGCGUUCCUCCAUGGACGCCCCUGUUUUCUUCUUCGCGCUGCAGCAGGCAGCCUUUCUCCCUGCGCGCUGUAGCUCCUUGGGCUGACCUCGGUGAGGUCCAGGUCCAUGGCGACGCAGCAGCUCCUUUCCUCCAUGGCCAGCCGCCCUCUGUUGCUGCCGAGCUCCAACUCCGGUCAGCAGCCACGGCGCCGAGGAUUCCCUGCGCGCGAGCACAAGCCCCAUUUCUUCUACCCCUGUCCGGCGCCCAGCAGCAUCCAUGCGCAGCGCUGCUGCUCCAUUUCCUCCCCAUCUUCCCCACCAAACGGCACCCGCAGCGAGUCGCCGUCGCCCAUGGCCGAGCCCCCUUCCUCCCUGGCCGCCCAGCUCACUGUCCAGGGCGCUCAGAAAAUUCCAGCAGCGAGCUCCACCGCCGAUCUGCGCAGCAAGUUGCACGCCGCAGCAGCAUGCUCCUUCGCCUCGCGCGUUGAGUGCUCGACGAAUCGCCGCAGCGAGCCACGCCCUCCGGCUUUGCUUUGGUCGUCCAUGCGCGACGACGCGUUCGUCUUCACGCCACAUGUGCAGCAACCACGACGGAGAUUUGAUAUGGUACCCCUUAGGGUGAUUGGUUGAUGGUGUGACUUGGCCUCCAUCCCUGCCACCGGGAUAGACGGUCGAGUGGGUUACUGCUUCCGCAGGAGAGGACCAGGAGGAGUAGCGUGGCCAGGCUUCGCCAUGUUACUCGGUUCUUCUCCGUUAGUUAUUUCCGCUGCAUUAAAAUUUAUGGUUAUUAUUUCUGAAACUCCGAUAAUGUAAUCACUAAUGAUACUUAUUAAAUUUGUGGUAUUAUGUUUUAUUGUA